AUGUCUACGGUUCAUCAAAUUUCAACUGAAUUGAGUAAUCUCAUUUCUCAAACCAAGCGCCGAAAUAAUGAGCUACGCCAGGCUGCAGAAAACAGUCAUGCAAUUUUGAAAAAAUAUGCUUCAAACACUGAUGAAGCUGCGUUUUUGAAAGGUCUUUCAAAAUAUCCAGAUUUUAUCUCACCUUUUCUUAUUGCCUGUUCUACAAGAAAUGCAAAAUAUAGCGCGACUGCAGUUCAAUGUCUUCAUACUCUUAUCAAUUUUGAAGGAUUGCCACCAAACAGAUUAGUGGAGGUUUUAGAAGCGCUUAAAGAAGCUACACAUCUUGGUGUGGAAAUACAUUUGAAAAUUUUACAAUCGCUCCCUUCUUUGAUACAAAACUAUGGCGAUUAUCUUUCGAAUGAUUUAAUUGCUGAGCUUCUUCUCAUAUGUUACAUUCUUCAAGGUGGAAAUAAAAUACCUGUUGUUGUAAAUACAGCGUUGGCAACUCUGCAACAACUUAUAAUUUCAGUUUUUGACAAAGUCGCCAAAGAAGACUCAGCAACUUCUCCUUUACCCAAAACAUUUGAAGUCCCAAUUGAAAACAAUGAUAAAGUAUUAGUUAGCCCAGCAGCUUAUGACGCACUACGAGUUUUUUUUGAUAUUUGCAGCCUCAUUGAGAGACAAAAACCUGUAUUUUUAAAAUUUGGUCAUUUACCAGAGACUGUUAGUCUUGAGUUAAUUGAAAGUAUUCUCACUUCUCAUAGUGAGAUAUUUUCUUCACAUUCUGAGUUUCGUUAUGUCAUACGUACUCGUGCUGUCCCUCUUCUUCUCCGGACUUUUUCCGAAAAAAGUGAUUUCCCAGUAACUGUUCGUGUAACCAGAAUUUUAUAUCUGAUAAUUCGACGCUUGCUUCCCGUUCUUAACGUUGAAUGUGAAGUAAUUUUGUCUAUGCUUAUUCAUAUGCUUGAUCAAGACUCUGCUCCAUAUUGGAAGCGUGUUUUAUGCAUGGAGGUAUUUCAAGGUGUAUCAUUGGAAUUUUCUUUGAUUGAAAACAUAUAUUUAGAGUUUGAUGCCAAAGAUGGGCGCAGACCUAUAAUUAAAGGAUGGGUAGCGGCAUUAGAUAAAAUGUCUAGCGAAAAACCCAACGUCAUUGGAUUAGGAAAUACUUCUACACCAAUGGAUAUACCAGAUUUGUCCCGUCAAAAUAAUAGCUCAUCGGAUUCUUCCAAUAAUUCACCAGGACCUAUAACUGAUCUCUCACAAAUGGUUGGACUGUCUUCUAAAACUUCUCUUGUUCGGUCUUCAUGUAUAGAUCUUUUGGAUAAAACAGAACCACCAAAUCUACCACCAAGUUACUUGUACUACAUGGCACUUUCUUGCGUUAACUCUAUUUCUGAAGGGGUCGCCAGAGCAGUUUUAUCUGCUACUUCGGAAACUACUGCUAGUAGGAAAAAACAUCAUAAACAUCCUACACUUACUAAGUCACCUUCACAAACCGAAUUAAACCAGGAAUUACUUAAAAAUAGAUCACGAUCUUCUUCCCCAAGAAGAACCAGUACUAGCAACAAAAGCAAAGGUGAUGGAUUGACGGAGCACCUUUCUCUUGUCAGUUCAUUAUUAGAGUCUAUUUGGCCUGAACUUCUUUCAUCUUUCGACACUUUUUUUCGUGCUACUAUGGAUUCAGAAAUGUAUCACACUCUUGUUCGCUCUGCUCAAAAAUUUACUCAUGCAUCGGGAGUAUUAUUGAUUCUUCAACCGAGGGAUGCUUAUUUGACUUUGCUUGGCCGCUAUAGUGUUUCUUUGCCAGAGAUAGAUGAAAAACAAUCAUCUGCUAAACACGGAAUUUUAAGCAUGGAAGGAUUAGUUGGUUCUUUAAGUCCUACAAUGACUAGGGAAAAUAGCCGUUCUUCUACGUUUGGUUCUGGAAAUACUCAGAUUGCUCAGCCCUCUUCAUCUCAAACCUCAGCAAAUAUUAUCAAUCGACCAAAACUAACUUCUCGAAAUAUUUUGUCUUUUAGAGCAUUAUUAAACCUAGGCAUUGCAUUGGGUCCAACUUUAGGCUCUGGGUGGAACAUAAUUUUUGAGACAAUUCAGUAUGUCGAUUUUCUUGUCUAUGGAAGCUUUCUUAAUGAUCGACGACGUGGUUCAUCAUCUUCAAAGAUACAGUAUGAAUAUAAUAUUGAAAAUUCUCCUCCCCCUUUUUCGGGAAUGGGCUCUGAUUUUGUCACUGUCGAAAACUCUAUUCGUCGGUUAAUUGAUUCAACUAAAGAUUACCCUUCUUUCGCAUUUGACGAUAUGGUAUCGUCGAUAGCUGGUGUUUCUUCUCGUGUUGUUGGACUUCCUAUCGAUAGAAACAAUAAAUAUCAUAACCUUGCAGGAAUUGGAAAUGCAGCGGAAUGUGAUCCAGCCUUUUUACUUGAUUUAUUAGGAUCACUUUGCUACAGAAAUUGUAACCGGUUCAUUUCAAUGGAAUCUCAAGACUUAGCUUCAUGGGGUAUUAUUUCGAAGUUUUUAAUUUCAGUUGAAAUUUCCAGAAUAGUAGCACCAAGUUCAAGAAUUAGAGCUUCACAAGUUCAUAAUGAAAUUAUUCGCCAAAACAGCUUAGAAUAUUUAGCUCUGGAGAAAUCUGAAGGGCUACUUAGCGCCAAAGUUAUUUCUGCUCAGUCAAUUGUUUUCAAUUCUCUUUUAGAAAAAGUGAAGAGUAUUGUUUCUCUAAAAUUGCCAUCCGAUGUUUCCAUUUCUAUAUAUUCAACAGAAGCUAAAAUUCAUGUUGCCGGAAUAGAUUAUUUAAACAAGCUUUUAGAUAACUGUGGCGGGUCUUUGACUCAAGCCUGGAAUAUUGUUUUUGAUAUUAUUGAUACUGUUUUUAACUGGUUAUCUGAAGGUCCCCGUGAUUUAGAGUCUCAAAACAAACGAUAUCUAAUUGACAGAUCUAUUCAAUUGCUAAAAUCUGGCUUUGAAUCUUUACAACUUAUUUGUAAUGAUUUUCUGGAGUCUUUACCGGCAAAUUGUAUCAUUCGCUUAAUUGAUACUCUUUAUAACUUUUGUCACCAAGAGGGUGAUUUAAAUAUUUCUUUCACUUCAUUGUCUUUUUUUUGGAUUAUUUCUGAUUAUCUUCGAAAAUCUUUGGGAGAAAAAAUAUCUCAGGAUUUGAAAAUUGAAAUUUCUAAUACUAAACAACUUUCAGAGCUUUCAUCAACCGGGACUAUUAACGAUCCUGAUACAGCGAAUUCUAUAUGGAUGAUAUCUUUAUUAAGGCUGGCAGCAAUUUCUUAUGACCCCAGACCACAGGUCCGAAAUGGAGCUAUUCAAAUCCUAUUUAGGAUAUUUGAUGCCACUGGUUCUCAACUUCCCCCACGUGUUUGGAAAGCUUGCCAGUCUAUAGUUUUGGAAAAGGUUAUGGAAAAUAACCCUUUCGAUAUAACUAAGAAGCAGCUUUCACCCGAGGAAAUAACACAAUGGGGCGAAUCAAUGUCUUUGAUUUUUUCAAGUAUUGGAAAUAUUUAUUUCACUUUUCUUCAUUUGUUUAUUAAAGAUGAAAAGCUUUUUGAUCAAUUUUGGAAAAGAAUGCUAUCUUAUUUUCAAACCUUUUCCUCUUCUGGUAACCUUACUGUUAUGAACUCUGUCUACAAAUCGUUCAAUUUGGUGUUAAGCGGUUUUAUAAAAAAUGAAUUAGCAAUGAGUCCAGUUUCACUUGCUAACACUUGGGAAUUUUGGACUUCUCAGUCAGUUGUUGACAAUAGAACGAAUGCUAAUGCCGCUCAAGAAUGCUAUAAAUCUCUUGCUGAAAUUUUUUCUAAUGUCCGAUCUUUAACACCUGAUAAUCAGUUUACUGAAGAAAGAGUUACCAAAACUACUGAACUUUUGAAGUCAUGUCUAACGUAUCCUAUUUUGGCUCCAUUCUAUUCAGACAGAGAAAAUCUUUCACCAUUACAAGCUGAAGCUUUAAAACAGCUCCAACUCAUUGAUGUUUCCACAAAUAUUCAUACAGCAAACUUACUUAUUUUACUAUAUUCAGAUUUGAUUAUACAGGCAUUUGUGAAGUCUGAUUUAGAACAUGAUUCAAAAAUGCAAAAAUCUUCUUACAAAACUCCAACUUUUAUUUCACUUUCUCAGAACUGUCUAGAAAUUUUGCAUAAUAUCCUGAAAAAGGUAAAUCCUUUUAUCAUUCAACUAAUUCGACAAGGAACAAUGUGCAAACUUACCAUUUCUUUACAUACCAUUGUACAAGCAAAGCUUGGGCCACCUUUUGUUUCAAUACCUACAAAAAAUAGCGGAACUAAGAACUACCAACUUUGGGAGCUUGCAGACAUCAGGUUUUUGGAAAUUGUCAAGGCGUCUUUACCUUAUAUUGCUACUUUAGAUAAUUCAAAUAAAGAUAUUGAGAUAUCAAAAAUUUGGAAUUGGUUUGCGAAAUGUACUGUUGCAGUUAUUUCUCCUGGAAAGUAUGGUGUUGAUGACAAAGCAACUUUAUCAAAAGCCGAAGCAUUAAAAUAUGAAGAGUUUGAUUUAUCUAUCUAUAACUCCUUGAUCUCUUUGUUCUUUAACCCAUCUCUUCAGCAAGAUUCAUCAAUUUCUGCUCCUAUUGACUUUUGGAGUACACUUCUUCAAUCCUUGUUUUUUUAUUCGCUUAUCUAUCACAUCCCUAGAUUGGAACCAAUUUUGUGCUCUUUUUCGAGCGAAACUUCUAAUAGCAAUAUCACCGUUUCUUCACUUGCUGCAAAACAAGUUCGAUGGUUGCUUGGCAACACAUUUUUUGGGUCUACUGACCAAUUAUCUUAUAAACCGAGACAAAACCUAGCAUUUACUUGUUUAAGUGUUAUUGCUAAAACUGCCAGAACUCCAAGCUGCGAUAUAGUUGUUCCUAGAGAAGUUCGUGACUUAGCAAAUCGGCUCCUUACAUUACGUUUAGCCAUGGUUUUAUAUUUAUAUAUCACAGAUCAUCCCCUUCGUGGACACGCCCCUAUGCCCAAAGUUCAGCGCAGAGAGUUGUUAUUUGUGCUUAAACUCGUUGUUGAUGAAGGUGUAAGCAGUAAUCCGAUAUUUAUACCUGCUAAUGAUAGAGACAAGGAAACAUGCGCGUUAAUCACUUUGUAUCCUCUUUUUGUUCGAGCAAUUCCAAUAGCGGAAAAAGAUACUUCCGUUCUUCAUUUAUUACAAAGACUUCUUUUGAAGAUUGGAAAAGCACAUAGUAUCAUUAAUUAG